AUGGCACAACCACCGCCAAUGACUGGCCUUCGCGUGCUCGAGUUUGCAGGUCUAGCUCCAGGACCAUUCGCAGGCCUCUUACUAGCCGACUGGGGCGCCUCUGUACUCCGCAUCGACCGCGCAGUCCCAGGUGCACAUGGCGACAAACCCCCACCACCACCAACAGCAGACCUCCUCACACGCCACAAGUCGUCCAUAGCCGUGGACAUGAAAUCCGCAGCCGGAAUCUCCCUCAUCCUCUCCCUGAUCCCAAAUGUAGACAUGGUCAUCGACCCUUUCCGCCCGGGUGUCCUCGAAAAACUGGGUCUGGCGCCAGAAGGCGUGUUGCUGAAAUUGAACCCUCGUCUCAUUGUCGCUCGCAUGACUGGGUUUCGCAGAGAUGGCAAGUAUGCAUCCAUGGCCGGCCACGAUAUCAAUUACCUCGCCGUCUCUGGCGUGUUGUCCCAACUCGGUCGUGCAAAUACUACUCCCACGCCUCCUGCCAACUUGCUAGGUGAUUUUGGCGGUGGAGGCUUGGUUUGCUUNUUGGGUAUUGUGAUGGCCGUGUUGCAGAGACAGAAGACUGGGUUGGGACAGGUUGUGGAAGCCAACAUGGUGGAUGGAGCUGCUUAUUUGGGCGUCAUGCCUAGGUUUGCGCGAAAGACGGUGAUGUGGGAUAAACCACGGGGAGAAAAUUUGUUGGACGGUGGGUGUCCUUAUUAUGAUACUUAUGAGUGUAGCGAUGGAGGAUAUAUGGCUGUUUACUCAAAGGCCUUGACAUCUCUCCAUCUGCCCUCCCAGGCCCCAGAGAAGACCGCACAACCUGGCCCUCCCUCCGCCACCUCUUCACAAAAACCUUUGCCUCCAAACCCCGUGCUCACUGGGAGAAGAUCUUCGACGGCACAGAUGCCUGUGUGA